AUGGAUAAAGCUGUGGCUAACAAAUCUAGUUUAAACCCAAUGAAUUUCCAAUUGGGUUUUAAUGAAUCAGCUCAAAAUCCCAAUUCAAACCCUAAUUUUGACGAUAGUGGUUGGGGUUACUGUACGGAGGAACAGUUGGAAGAGAUUUUGUUGAAGAAUUUGGAGUUUUUGUAUAAUGAGGCGAUCGUUAAGCUAGUUGCAUUAGGUGGAACGACUGUGAAUGAUGGAGAUCCAGAUGAAAGCGAACAGGUUUUUGCUGAUUUGAGACAGUUGGAAGAAUAUUCGCUAGCUGGCAUGGUGUGUUUGUUGCAGCAAAUUAAACCACACUUGAGUAAAGGAGAUGCAAUGUGGUGUUUACUCAUGAGUGAUCUUCACGUAGGUCGUGCAAGUGUGAUGGAAAUCCCUAUUGCUUCAAAUGCUAAUGGGGAUGGUUAUGGCAAUACUGAGUCCAGCAGUCCUGUUGUGAACAAUGUGGAGAAGGUGAAUGAUGAUUCAGUUGGUGUGACUCCUGCUUUAUGCAGGUUUCAUGGUGGGUGGGGUUUUGGAAAUGGGGGAACAUCUGAUUUCCCUGUAAACCGGUUUCUAUCAUAUGCUGCUUCAGAAAUGAGUUUGCAGAGGGAGAUCGAGUGUCCAAAGAGGUUCAAUCUUACACCUUCUAUGAAGAUGCUUUUGAAAAGAAAUGUAGCAAUGUUUGCUGCAGGAUACAGAGCAACUGCUAAAGACACACAGGUUGGUUCAAGUUCUUUAUCCAAUGGGCAUUCAUCAGCUGUAGUUGAAACCACAAGUGGUGAAGUUGAAAAAACCGAGGAGACACAGAGCACGAAGAAUCAAGAAGUGGUUAACAUGAUGUUGAGUAAGUUUCGUGAUCUGAAUCUUGAAGGAGACAUGGAAUAUGUUCCCGAGGAUCAAAAGGAUGAGAUGAUCUUGAGUUUAAUGCAUCAGAUUAAAGAUCUUGAGAGACAAGUGAAGGAAAGGAAGGAAUGGGCACAUCAGAAAGCAAUGCAAGCAGCAAGAAAGCUGAGUCAUGAUCUUACUGAAUUAAAGAUGUUGAGAAUGGAAAGGGAGGAAACACAACGUAUGAAACAGGGGAAACCAGGUACUGAAGAUCCAACCAUGAAGAGGCUUUCAGAAAUGGAGACUGCUUUGAGGAAAGCAAGUGGACAAGUGGACAGAGCAAAUGCAGCUGUUAGACGCCUUGAAACUGAGAAUGCUGAAAUUAGAGCAGAGAUGGAGGCUUCAAAGUUGAGUGCUUCUGAAUCUGUUAACACAUGUUUGGAAGUUGCAAGGAGGGAGAAGAAGUAUCUUAAAAGGUUAUUGGCUUGGGAAAAACAGAGAGCCAAGUUGCAGGAUGAUAUUGCAGUGGAGAAGAGGAAGAUUGGUGAGUUGCAAGAAGAGAUGAUCCAAGUUGAAGUAGCAAAAAAGGCAGCUGAGGAAAAGUGGAAGCAGGAGCAAAAAGCAAAAGAACAUGCCCUAACACAGGUGGAGGAAGAAAGGCGACUGAAAGAAGCAACAGAAGCCAACAACAAAAGGAAACACGAAUCUCUUCGGUCAAAGAUAGAGCUUGACUUUCAACGCCACAAAGAUGACCUCCAAAGACUUGAACAGGAACUCUCACGUCUCAAAACCAUGUCUUCAACCAACUCAGACAACAAACAACACUCAACCACUAAUCUAUCCACCCCACACACCCCAAACGGGUCCCACCCAACCAUUGCCAGAAUGCUCCAUGAACUCGAUAAUCUUGAUGAUUCUGAUGAAAAAGAAACCGGGAUCGAUCGCGAUUGCAUAAUCUGUUUGAAAGAUGAGGUUUCUGUGGUGUUUUUGCCUUGUGCUCAUCAGGUUCUUUGUGCAAGUUGCAAUGAUGAAUAUGGGACAAAAGGGAAGGCCAAGGCCACGUGUCCAAUCUGCAGGGUUCCUAUUGAACAGAGGAUUCGUGUUUUUGGGGCCACCUCUUAACUCUUUAACUCUUAAGCCGGUUGGUUAUAAAUUUAUAAUGUCAAGAGUAAAUUGUUAAGGCUGUGAUGAUAUUAUUAUACAAAACAGAAUGAAUGAUUGGUGGUUUUUUGUUCAUGUGGUGUUGGUUGCUUCAAGCUGUUGUGGUUAAAACAGCAACGUUACAUUGUUUAUAAAUAAGCCUG